AUGUUUGCGAUGGGCGCAGUGGGCGCUGUGGUGGCAGCCAUUGCCGCCCUCUAUUUGACGGCGGGAAAUCAGCAUUUCUCUCGUGACGGAUGUGAUCGACUGGACACCGUGCUGAAUUCGCGGGUCGUUGGGCAAGAAUUGGCCAUCGAUCAGUUUGUGGAAGCAGUGUGCGAGCACCUGCGAAAGGAAAACAGAGGCGCUGUGGGAAAUAAGCCGCUGGUGGUUUCUGUCCAUGGGCCACCGGGCGUGGGCAAGACGUUGACUCACACCCUUGCAGCUCGGGCUCUCUAUGGGCUGGAAGGCGCUGCCAGAUCCACAGAGGUUGUUGGGCCCGAUGGAUUCUGGAGUGGCUGGGGGAUCCCAAGGGUGCAGUCAAGUCUGGAGUGCCCAGGGAGGGGGUGUGCUGGAUACAAGGUGCUUUAUGGUAUGGAUUUUGUGGAGUCGAAAAGGGAUCAACAGAGACAGGCUCUAAGGAAUGCAAUAGUUGACCACAUAAAGGCAUUUCAGGAGUCGUUUGUGGUUGUUGAGGAAUAUGACAAGCUGGACUGUGGAACGCGCUCAAUGCUGCGCCAACUGGUCAUGAACCCUGAUAGGGCCAACGUCUCGAUGGGGAAAUCAAUCUUCCUCCUUGAGUCAAACCUUGGAAUGUUCGAGCUGCAGACAAUGCUGGAGGCUGCUGGUGGUGCAAACAAGGUGUCGGCAGAGGCUGUCCACCACAAGCUGAAGGAUCUCAUUUUCGAUCACUGGCGCGGUGAGGGCUGUGAGACGUUUUAUGACACACUCAAGAACACAAAUUUUAUCGACCUGUACAUUCCGUAUUUCUCCCUGGAAAAGAAGCACUUGAAACAAAUCCUGGAAAUGCGUCUGGGGGAGGCCAGCACUGCUGCGGCAACGCAGGGUUUUCAUUUGCAGUGGGAUAGGCACGUAGUGGAUUUUCUUUUGGGGAAGGUUGAGUUCGAUGGAAACUACCCUGUGGACGGGGCCAAGGAUGUUGACAUGGCAAUGAGGUAUGUGUCGCGGGCGCUCCGCAAACUCAAGGGAAUGGAAGAGCUAUCACACGGUGGGCAAAGCCUUUUCGGGAGGCGACAAAGUCUCCCAAGGGUGGUGCUGAAGGCUGACAAAGAUAGUAACAUCCUGAGAACAGAAGUUGCUCGAUGA